CUUCCCAUCCUCAGUCUCCAUUGCGUCGCAAUACUGAGAACCUCAGCCAGAGUCUAGGAGCCCCCAGUACAGGGAGCAAAAGAGACCCUCUUCUGCUGGACUGAGAAUACAAGUCUCCACUUUGGUUCAAUCCUCUGUCUCUACGUUCAUGGGACAAUGAACCAGAAGACCACCCUGGUGCUCCUCGCUCUGGCUGUCAUCACCAUCUUUGCCCUGGUGUGUGUCUUGCUAGCUGGCAGGGGAGGAGAUGGUGGUGAACACAGCCUGCCUCCCCUCUGCCCCUCCGUAUCACCAAGUGCCCAGCCGUGGACACACCCUGGCCAGAGCCAGCUGUUUGCAGACCUGAGCCGAGAAGAGCUGACAGCUGUGAUGAGCUUUCUGACCCAGAAGCUGGGGCCAGGCCUGGUGGAUGCAGCUCAGGCCCAACCCUCAGACAACUGCGUCUUCUCGGUGGAGCUGGAGCUGCCCCCCAAGGCUGCAGCCCUGGCCCACCUGGACAGGGGGAGCCCCCCGCCUGCCCGGGAGGCACUGGCCAUCGUCUUCUUUGGCGGACAACCCCAGCCCAAUGUGACUGAGCUGCUGGUGGGGCCGCUGCCGCACCCCUCCUACCUGCGGGACGUGACUGUGGAGCGUCACGGGGGCCCCCUGCCCUAUCACCGACGCCCCGUGCUCAUGCGAGAGUACCUGGACAUAGACCAGAUGAUCUUCAACACAGAGCUGCCCCAGGCUGCUGGUCUCCUCCACCACUGCUGCUUCUACAAGCACCAAGGAGGGAACCUGGUGACCAUGACCACAGCCCCCCGUGGCUUGCAAUCAGGGGACAGGGCCACCUGGUUUGGCCUCUACUACAACAUCUCAGGGGCUGGGUUCUUCCUGCACCCCAUAGGUUUGGAGCUUCUGGUAGACCACAAGGCUCUGGACCCUGCUCGCUGGACCAUCCAGAAGGUGUUCUUUCAAGGCCGCUACUAUGAGAGUCUGGCCCACCUGGAGGAGCAGUUUGAGGCCGGCCUGGUGAAUGUGGUGGUGAUCCCAGACAAUGGCACAGGUGGGUCCUGGUCCCUGAAGUCCAAGGCGCCUCCGGGUCCGGCUCCCCCGCUGCAGUUCCAUCCCCAGGGCCCCCGCUUCAGUGUCCAGGGGAGUCGAGUGGCCUCCUCACUGUGGACUUUCUCCUUUGGCCUCGGAGCUUUCAGUGGUCCAAGGAUCUUUGACAUCCGAUUCCAGGGAGAACGGCUGGCUUACGAGAUCAGCCUCCAAGAGGCCUUGGCUGUCUAUGGUGGAAAUUCCCUGGCGGCAAUGCUGACCCACUAUAUGGACGGCAGCUUUGGUAUGGGCAAGUACGCCACACCCCUGACCCGUGGGGUGGACUGCCCCUAUCUGGCCACCUACGUGGACUGGUACUUCCUUUUGGAGUCCCAAGCCCCCAAGACACUACCUGAUGCCUUUUGUGUGUUUGAGCAGAACCAGGGCCUGCCCCUGAGGCGACACCACUCAGCUUUUCACUCCCACUAUUUUGGGGGCCUUGUGGAGACAGUGCUGGUCUUCAGAUCUGUGUCGACCUUGCUCAACUACGACUAUGUGUGGGAUAUGGUCUUCCACCCCAAUGGGGCCAUCGAAGUCAAAUUCCAUGCCACAGGCUACAUCAGCUCAGCGUUCCUCUUUGGAGCUGCCCGAAGAUAUGGAAACCAGGUUGGGAAGCACACGCUGGGCACCGUCCACACCCACAGUGCCCACUACAAGGUGGAUCUGGACGUGGGAGGACUGGAGAACUGGGUCUGGGCUGAGGACAUGGCUUUUGUCCCUACGGCGGUACCCUGGAGCCCCAAGCACCAGAUACAGAGGCUGCAGGUGACCCAGAAGCUGCUGGAGACAGAGGAGCAGGCCGCCUUCCCCCUGGGAGGUCCCUCCCCUCGCUACCUGUACCUGGCCAGCAAUCACAGCAACAAGUGGGGGCACCCGAGGGGCUACCGCAUCCAGACAGUCAGCUUUGCUGGGGAGCCUCUGCCCCAGAACAGCUCCAUGGAGAGAGCCUUGAGCUGGGCAAGGUACCAGCUGGCUGUGACCCAGCGGAAGGAGGCGGAGCCCCGCAGCAGCAGUAUCUUCAAUCAGAAUGACCCCUGGGCCCCCACCGUGGACUUUGCUGACUUCAUCAACAAUGAGACCAUAGUUGGAGAGGACUUGGUGGCCUGGGUGACAACCGGUUUCCUGCACAUCCCCCAUGCAGAGGACAUUCCCAACACAGUGACUGUGGGGAACAGCGUGGGCUUCUUCCUCCAACCCUACAACUUCUUUGACCAGGACCCCUCCGUCGAUUCUGCUGACUCCGUCUACUUCCGGGAGGACCAGGAUGCUGGGGCCUGUGAGGUCAACCGCCUGGCUUGCCUCCCCCAGGCUGCGGCCUGUGCCCCCCACCUCCCUGCCUUCUCCCACGCGGGCUUCUCCCACAACUAGGUGGAUGGGGAAUGUGGUUGGGACCCCAGUGCCAGGGAGUGUGGGGAGGGGAGGGGAUGGGCACUGGGCAGGGCAGCCUAUGUCUUCUCCCUCGUCACAUCUUGGGGGUCUUCUUUCUCCCAUCGUCCUCCCUUCCCUCCCCCUUCCUUCUGGAAGCAUCCUGAGUCUGUGAUGCCUGACACAGGGGGCUCUCAGCUCUGUUGACCCCAGACCUGCUAAGUUCCUCUUGCAGAGAGGAAAGGAAUGGCCAGCCAGGAGCUUGGAGUCAUGGUUAAACUUUCCAGAAGACUCCUGUUUUGGGUGUUUUUUGUUUUGUUUCCUUUUAUUUUGCUUUCUGGUUUCCCAAAUCUUCUUAGCCAUCCCAGGUUUCUCUUGAGACUCCUGAGUCCUCACUUGGGAGGUGAGGAUGGGGGGCUCUGCUAUGGGGGUAAGCACCGGGAGGCCGUGGGGCAGGGUUCCAGCCAGGCCCGUGAAUCUAGGAAUCAAGCUGGAAGGGGCUCUUUCGCCCAUGUUUCCUUCUCUCUCUCUCCCCUCUUGCCUAGCCUCCUCCAGUUCCCACCUGUUCUUAUAUCCUGGGAUUUCCCUCCCAGCCCUGAGGGGAUGUUACCCAGCCCUCAUUUCUCACCUCUGGUCUCCUCUCCUGGUUCUAGGCCUGUGGAAGUCUCAAAAUGCAAGGGACAUCUAGUGUGAGAGGACAGUCCCCGUCUGUGUCCCUGUGUCUGGGAGCUGCCCCUACCCCCAGUCCUGGGGCAGGAUGUGUUUCCCCACAGUUCUUUCUGCCCAUUUGUAUAGGCCUGCCUUGCAUUCUCUGGCAGAGGAUGGUCAUGGAGACAGCAGCAGAUCAAGUUAGCACUUUAGAUGGCUUUGCGGGUGCAGUGGUAAUGAGGAGUGGUCAUUUUGUGCCAAGUCUGUGCGUGACCAGUGCCCUCUGUCCUCUGCAGUAGCCAAUAUGGGAGGCUGGGUGGACACCAAGGAUGAGAAGCAGGAACACCAGGGACUCCAGUCAUAGGGCCAGGGGUCCAAUCACGUGUGAGCAUGCAAAUGAGCCAAGGCCUCUGGGGGUGGAGCCUCCCCGGCAGGUUGUCCAUGUGGAGGGGUGGGUGGGAGCAGUCUGGAUUGGGGGUCCCUCUACAAAGAGCCAGAGACGGGAAGCAGCAGAACUGUCGUCCCUCAAAGACUGAUUACAUAAAUUCUGAUGCAGCCUUACAAAGCAAUACUACACAGCUGUAAAACUAAUUAUAUCUCUUUAUAGGGAAUAAUCUUCCAAUGAACAAGGAGAGGCACAAAAUUGUGUAUAGGGCACUUCCAUUUGUGUUUUACAGGGAAGGAUCAUAUAAAUACAUAUUUUCAUAUCUUAUAGAUGCAUAUUCGGAAGACACGGGUAACACUGGUUGCCUCUGUGGAGGGGAACCAGGAAGCUGGGACAGAGGAGGGAGGAGACUUAGUACUAUACACCCUUUUGUACGUUUGAAUUUUGAACCAUGAGACUGUAUUACCUAUUCAUUUAUUAUUAUUCAAAUAAUAAAUGGGCCCAAACAA